AUGUUGCUGCGGACUUUACUCGGAGGGGCUCGUCUUGUGCUAACCCCUCGUGGAGGAGGAGGAGUCUCCCCUAGACAGCAAUGUCUUUGGAGGUGGCGACCCCCACAAGUACGAACACAGCACGGUGUAGUGUCAGAAGUGGCUUCCCACUCCAGAUUUGCAGUACCACCUAUCCCCAAAGCUGUGAGAGAUCGGACUGUAGGCCGCUGGCUCCUAAUCUGCAGUGGGACUGUGGCUGGAGCUGUGGUGCUGGGUGGUAUCACUAGGCUGACAGAGUCAGGGCUUUCCAUGGUUGACUGGCACCUGGUACGGGAGAUGAAGCCUCCUCGAACACAGCAGGAGUGGGAGGCAGAAUUCCAAAAGUAUCAGCAGUUUCCAGAAUUUAAAAUUCUGAACCAUGACAUGACACUGACGGAAUUCAAAUUCAUCUGGUACAUGGAGUAUUCACACCGUAUGUGGGGACGGCUGGUGGGGCUGGCUUACAUCAUCCCAGGAGCCUACUUCUGGAGGAAGGGCUACUUGAAUCGAUCCCUGAAAAGCCGUGUCCUUGCUCUCUGUGGGCUAGUCUGCUUCCAGGGUCUGUUGGGCUGGUACAUGGUAAAAAGUGGACUAGAGGAAAAGACAGACAGUCAUGAUAUCCCUCGGGUCAGUCAAUAUCGUCUAGCUGCACACCUGGGCUCUGCGCUUGUUCUUUACUGCUCCAGCCUUUGGACUGGGCUCUCAUUGCUGCUACCACAGCACAAGUUACCUGAAACCCACCAACUUCUACGCUUGAGGAGGUUCACUUAUGGAACAGCAGGCCUUGUUUUCCUCACUGCCAUCUCAGGGGCAUUUGUGGCAGGAUUGGAUGCUGGCCUUGUAUAUAAUUCCUACCCCAAGAUGGGAGAACACUGGAUCCCUGAUGAUCUCCUUGCCUUUUCCCCAUGGCUGAAGAAUUUUUUUGAGAAUCCCACAACUGUGCAGUUUGAUCACAGAAUCCUGGGAACCUUGUCGGUCGCAGCUAUCACAGGUCUGUACCUGCUUUCCAGGAAGAUCUCUCUCCCACGCAGGACUAAAAUGGCAGUGGCUUCCUUACUGGCUGUGGCAUAUUUCCAGGUCGGCCUGGGUAUCAGCACACUACUCCUGUAUGUCCCAACUCCUUUAGCAGCUACUCAUCAGUCAGGGUCCUUGAUUCUGCUCAGCGUGGCUCUGUGGCUUAUCCAUGAACUUAGGAGGAUCCCUAAAUAGCUCCGCUCUCCAAGACAGACCAUUUCUUUGGGCUUGAGGACUCGGGGAUGCUGU